AUGUCGGCGGUUGGAACCUCGAAGGGGAUACUGGAGAUUGCGAAGUUCGCCAUCUACGUCGCUGUGCCGAUCGGCCUGACCUACGCCGUAGCCACCAACUCCAAAACCCUUCAGAAGCUGAUGGGAUACGUAAGCUUUUCCCCUUUGCUCCUGAACCUUAAGAGCCAGUUUUUGCGAUUUCUCCUCGGUGGGACUCGUUCUCUCCAUGUUCUUCGUGCCCGCGCGAGGUUCCCAACCAAAUAACCAAAUCCUGCAGACUUUCAUUGAUCCCACUCUCAUUUUCCCUAUAUUUAUCGCCCGUCCGAUUGUCGCCUGUCUUCUACCCUACGUUAUGUGGUGAUUGUCGGCAACGAGCGAUUAUGAUAGGAGAAGGAUAGCUCCAUUUUUUUCUUUAUCUAGUCUCUUACGCCUAUUUUUGGUAAAUUGUUUCCUCGUGUAUGCUCUAUUUAUCUACCGUUGCUGAUUGGGGAGGAGGGGGAAUAGGUUUAUCGGAGAGAAGACAGAGGAUCUAGAUAGAUAGCUAUUUCUAAUUAGGGUGAUUUCAGAAGUAUCCCGUUCUCUUUCCUGGCCAUAGUGGAAGAAAACGCGAAGAUCAGGCGGGAGAAAGGAAACUGGGAGACCCAGUCAUAUCAUAUUACCGUGGAAGAGAUUCAAUAUGACCUGAUUCUUACUCUUAAAAUUAGGGAUUCUUUCUCACCCAAAAUUUUAGGUUGGUUUAAUUCGGUCAUGUCUGUGUCCUUUCUUUGCAUCUUUCAAUCUGGACGGAUUCAUACAAUUCAGCAUGAGCUCUCUGCAAUGGCCGAACCUAGAAGUUACAAGAUUCAACUAGAUUAGAUAGUUUGGGGCAAGAUAGCUGAUAACGUACUUCCUCAAAUCGCUUUAAUUUUUGAGAAAAUCUUCUGUAUGUGCAUUAAAAAAUGACAAAUUGUCGUGCUCGGAGGCAUCCUGUGAAUCUUUGCAGUUAGAAAUCAAGACAUCAAGAAAUUGUGUUGACUUGCACAAGUCAUCAUGAUGACACUCUGGGCUGUUAAAGCGAAUGAAGUUGUGAUUUUCCGCCUCAGCCUUCAUCAUCUCAUGUCUUUAUAUUUCGGGGUACUGUUGUUUGGAAUCUCUUUCUCUUGUAAUUCGCUGGUGGGUUGAUGAUCAUUGCUUAAGAGAGACUUUUUCAACACCUUCUGUUCUACAAUGGGGGAUUGACUUCAAGAGAGUUUCUGGGGCCAAAAACAGUGGUUUAUGGAGCUCUUUAAUCUGGAUUUCCUCAUCCUGGGUAAUGUCCCUCGCCAGGUUCAGCCAUAAUUAUGAGCCUGCAAUGAUGUGUAAUAGUGCGAUUGAGAUUCUCCUGGGUAGAUUAAAUUAUAUCUUAUUACGUUGUGUUAUCAUAUCAAUUUGUUAAUCUGUCUUUGUGAUCUCAUGUUCUCUUCCUCACUCUCCAUAAUGCAGCGAUCUUAUGUAGUCUAUCCUCCCGAGGGUCCUCGGCCCCCUCCUCCAGAAGAACUCCGUGAAAUGGCUCGAGAGAUGGCCCGCAAGAACAAUAUUCGUUGA